AUGGACAAGGUCCUCGUUUUGGGGUUGAAGGAGCUGCGGAUUCGGAUGAUCACAUUCAUCAAGGAACACGUCGCACGCAAACGGUCGGGCCAUGUUGGAGUUGCUGCCGACGCCGCAGAGCCCCCUUCGGCAUCCCAAGCAGACGGUGUUGCCGACACCAGCGGAGAGGCCAGAGACGGCGUCGACAAGGCAGAUGAGGAGGCAGAAAGGGCUGUGGCGAGGACCGUGGAUCAAGAAGAGGAGGAUGACACCGAUGAUCAGGAUGAUAACGAGGAGGAUCGUGAGGAGCGUGAGCACGGGCAUGGGCAGGAGGAGGAGGAGGAGGAGGAGGAGGAGGAGGAGGAGGAGGAGGAGGAGGAGGAGGAGGAGGAGGAGGCGACGGCGGCGGCGGCGGAGGCCGUGGAGCAGGGUUUAGGGUCGGUGGAGCAAGUGGCAGUGAGGGAGAAGCAGCAAGAGGGGGAGGAGGAGAAUGUCGGCGUGGAGGAGGCGCACGUGGUCGGCAAUGAGGUUGGCGACGCGAAGGAGGAGGAUAACGCCGCGGCCCCGACGCUGACGGGCGUGGAGACCACCACAGGGAACGCAGGGGUGGAACGCCGGGGUGGAGCGGUAGAGGCGGGCCGUCAACCGGGUUCCUCAGCAGCUGGUCGACAGGCAACGCCGGCCAUCGUCGUGCAGCUGCGACAGGAGAACAGGUGGCUGAGGGCUGAAAAUGCUCGCUUGGAGACGGCGCUCGGAGUGGAGAGGGGUCGGGUGGACAGGUUUGCGAUGGGGAUUGGCCGCCUCGUGGACAAGCUCAGGUCGUUGGCCGACGAGGUCGCCGCCUCCGACCAGGACGCGGCGAGUCGGCUGAUGGACGCGUCCUUGACCAUGGCGACGAUUGCCACAGAGAACAUUACCGCCAACAUGGGUGAAGCAUGGGAUGCGAUGAAGGCGUACGCCGAGAGGGCGGAGUGCUGGUUGGACGAUCUAGAGGAUCCGGAGGGGUUUAUGGCGCUGCAACGUGCGAACGCGGUUGUCGCCAUGGGCAACCACGUGGACGAAGCGAGGAAGGGGUUGGAGGAAUACAUAUCGAAGCACCUAGUCGCCGCGCAGACCAACAUCGCCGCCGCGGUAACUCAACCCGUCGCCGUGCCGCCGCCCACGCCGCCCGCCCCACCGCCAGCCUUCCCGGACGAGCUCAUGAAGUCUUACAAGGCAGACGUGUUGAAGGCGGUGACUGAGGCCACCCAGCAGUCGUUUGUUGCGUCCGGGUUAAACCUCAUGCCCGAGGUGAUCGGCAAUCUGGCGCCUGGUCGGCUUGGGUCGUCGCCGUCGGCCAACGAGGCCGACAAGAAGGGUGCGAAAAGGGCGGGCGGCGGAGAUGAUGCGUUGAGCUCGAAGCAAAGCAAGGGAGCCGAUGAGAGCCGCGGCGUCGGCCAGGUGGGUCCAGGCGGCUCGCGGAGCAAGGGAGCCGAUGGGAGCGGAGGUACAAGCGUGGUCGACCAGCUCAAGAAGAACGGGGCCAAGGUGAUAAGGACGCACAGCAAGGGCGAUGGAAUCAGGAGUGCGGAGAGGGGCCCUGCCGACCAGGUUGCCGCUCAAGAGGCUGGACCAACAGCCCCGCCAUUGGUCGCCAAGAAGUCGGCCAGUCUAGCGACUGCACCAACGAUGAUAGAUGGCGGCGCCAAAACCAUCAAGGGAGCAUCUGGUGGAGUGGCGGGGACCACGUUGAUUCCCCGCAAACCCCCUGCGGCUAGCAGCACGCCGGUCGCUCCGUCAGCCGCCAACAACGAUGGGCCGUCCCUUGCGGCUACUCCAGCACCAACAAGCACGUCUGUCGCCAAGGUUGACGCGGUGGAUACUGCGGCUAACCGCGCUGGUCCGUCCGCCCCAAAGGCGAACGCGCUCAGGAAAAUGCUCCGCUGCAUGGAGACCCAUCGACAGGACGUGCAGCAGCCUCCUGUGGUCGGUACCGCUCCGGCCACAACAGCACCUCGCUCGGUCACUCCGCAGGUCGCCGCCACAACGUCCAGUGCCCCACCUACCGCGCCUAUCAUCGCCGCUCGACCUCCUGUGGACCCAAAGUCCGCGUUGCUUCGCACCCGGUUAGGCACACGUACUGCGGCAGCGCCAGCACGGGCUCAGCCGGCGGUGGCGGAGAAGGGCGUGAGUGCAGCGCUAGCCACGGGCGGCGGAUCAGUUGACCCUGCACAGGCGGCGAAGGACCACAACGACGCCGAUAUCGCUGCCAUCCAGUACCUGUUGGAAGCGAUAAACCGCCCAAAGCAGCCCCCUAAUCUGGUCAUCUCGGACUCGGCGCAUGUGGAGCACUCGGCGAGUCCCACUGGUUGUACAGCGGAGCCAAAGACAACCAUUGUUGCGGUCGGCGCGGGAAAGUCGAAACAGAAGGGGACAGUCAACGCAGGGAAAGCGAGGCCGAGCUCGCAGAAGAAAACACGGGCGACGUCGGCGAUGGUGAAGUCGGUGCAGAAAGGACAGGGGAUGGCGACAGCGAUGGUGAAGGAGAAGGCGGCGGAGAGAGGGAAGGAGAAGGAGAAGGAGGAGAAGGAGAAGGAGAAGGAGGAGGAGGAGGAGGAGAAGGAGGAGAAGAAGCAGAAGGAGAAGGAGGAGGAGGACAAGAAGGAGAAUGAGAAGGAGGAGGACAAGGAGAAGGAGAAGGAGGAGGAGAAGGAGGAGGAGGAGGUGGAGGAGGCGGAGCAAGAUCCUCAUGGCCGAGCUCACCGGCUUGGAGGAAACAGUGAUGAAGCAGUGGAGGGCGGUGUGGGAGGAGGUCUGGUUCUUGCCGACCGGGAUGAAGACGGUGAUAUGGGCACGGGGCGCGUUCCUCCCAAAGACACGGUCGCUGCAUCCGCGGCGAGAAAGGAGGGUGACACGGAUCAGACGACGGCAAAGGUCGCACAGGCGCUAUCGGCCUCUGCUUGCGCCCUGUGGUGCUUAGUCGAGGGCGACGGCGCCCAGGUGGCUGAUGCCGUGCGCGAAGGGAAGGCGGCGGCGACGGUGGUUGGCGCGAGCGUGACUACCGCCGCCGAGUUCAAGAAGGUCAUGACGGCGGUGCUGGAGGCCACGAUCAGCAGGCAGCAACCCCUCGGGGAGGUUGCGCACAACGUCGCACCGGCGCUGGAGUCUACCGCUCUGGCUAAAGCCUAUCCAGGGCUGGAUGUUGAAGUCGAGGCCAAAGUGAUCGCACGAGCGACGGUGGAAACCCUCGCGUUCUGGGGAAUGUGCCCCGUAGAUGGGCCGAAACUCAAGAAGAUCGGCAUCGUGGUGCCGCUUGACGCGCAGAUGGAGUACGAUAUCGAACACACGGGGUUGGAAGAGGCAGAGGGGCAAGCAGGGCAAGGACAGCUCGGGGAAGAAGGGGAAGAAGGGCAGAGCGGGCAAGGACAGCACGGCGGCGUAGUUGGCAUAACAAUCUGCCAUGGGCGGCAGGAGGGAGCGCAAGUAGGUCUUGUUGCUAGGAUGGCCUGGUGGCCGAAACUCGAGGAGGUCGGCAUCGAUGUGCCGUUUGACGCGCAUAUCGAGCGGGCAUGGACAGCACGGAUGCGUAGUUGGCGCGCGGAGGGAGCGCUAGGUGGUAUGAUUGCUCGGUUAUAG